AUGGACUCUGCUGGGAAAGCUUGUCUUCACACCAUGACAACUGAUGAGUCAGAAUCUGAAGAAUUAGCUCUGAAGCCACUGCUCACUUGCAAGCUAUGUCUCUGUGAAUAUUCCCUGGAUAAGAUGACCACUCUUCAGAAAUGCAGCUGCGUCUUUUGUACAUCGUGCCUAAAGCAGUAUAUGCAGCUGGCAAUUCAAGAAGGCUGUGGUUCUCCUAUCACAUGUCCAGACACAGUAUGCUUGAACCGUGGGACCCUACAGGAAGCAGAGAUUGCCUGUUUAGUUCCUCUUGACCAGUUCCAGUUAUACAAGAGGCUGAAGUUUGAACGAGAAGUCCACUUGGAUCCCCAGAGAAUGUGGUGCCCUGCAGCUGACUGCCAAACGGUGUGCCAUAUUGCACUGAGUGAGUCAGGAGCACCAGUGCCAGUGGAGUGCCCAGCUUGCCACCUGACAUUCUGUUCUUCUUGCAAGGAAGCCUGGCAUCCACAGCAUCUAUGCCAGGGAAACCUAACUACUCCAGUACUAACUGAGCAGGGAUCCCUUACUGGAACAGAGACAGAGGCACCAAUUAAGCAGUGCCCAGUUUGCCGGAUAUAUAUUGAGCGAAAUGAAGGAUGUGCUCAGAUGAUGUGCAAGAACUGCAAGCAUACAUUUUGCUGGUACUGUCUACAGAACUUGGAUAAUGAUAUCUUCUUAAGGCACUAUGACAGAGGCCCUUGCAGAAACAAGCUGGGCCACUCACGGGCUUCGGUGAUGUGGAACAGAACGCAGGUUGUGGGGAUCCUUGUUGGACUAGGUAUCAUAGCACUGGUGACCUCUCCCUUGCUGCUUGUGGCAUCUCCCUGCAUCAUCUGCUGCAUUUGCAAGUCUUGCCGAAGCAAAAAGAAAAAACAUAGCCCACCAACAACCUAA